UUAAAAAUUUUAUCCUUUUCAGUGAACUAGUUUGGUCAUAUUCUUCAAAAUGGUGAGCCUGGAAAACGAGGAUAUCUUAAAAUCUAAUAAAGCCAAGAAGAGAGAGUCGGAAGCAAUUGAGGAGACAGUUGAAACCCCUGUCCCUAAGAAGAAGAAGAAGAAGAAGAAGAACAAGGAGAAGGAAACUGAAACUGUCGUUAAGAAGAGUGAGGUUGAAGCCAAAGAUGAAGUAUCCGAAGAUGGCUCUGAAGAGAAUCUUCCGUUUCGGAAAGAUUUUUACUCAAUGCACGAGAUUACGACCGGUAUGAGCAAGGAGGAGGUUAAGGCGUAUCAUGAUGAACAUAAUAUCGUCAUGUUUGGGAAAGGAAGAAAGAAGUUUAAACCCAUCCUUACAUUCCCAGAGCUAGGAUUCUCUAAAUCAAUCAUGAAGAUUUGUUCCAAAUUCGAUCGUCCUACUCCUAUACAGGCUCAAUGCUGGCCGGUGCUCGGAUCAGGAAGAGAUAUUAUCGGAAUUGCGGAAACCGGAUCCGGAAAGACUUUAGCAUUUACAAUACCAGCCCUGGCACACAUCAAGGAGAGGAUGUCGACUGAGCCUGGCAAAAAGAAGGGUCCUAUGAUGUUGAUUAUUGCUCCUACCCGUGAGCUAGCUAUGCAGAGUCAGGAGGUUCUGGAGGAAGCAUCUAAUAUUGUCAAGAUCAGAAGUAUCUGUGUAUACGGAGGAGUUCCGAAACAUUCUCAACGUCAUGGUUUAAAGUCUGGAGUUGAGGUUGUAGUGGCUACUCCGGGUAGACUUAUCGAUCUAAUGGAGGAAGGAUGCUGUGACCUGAGUGAAGUCAGUUAUCUGGUUCUCGAUGAGGCAGAUCGUAUGCUGGACCAAGGGUUUGAACGAGAUAUUCGAAAGAUUAUUGAGAAAACUCACAAGUCCCGGCAAACUGCUCUCUUCAGUGCAACCUGGCCAGAUUCUGUUAGAGAACUGGCUCAUGAGUUCCUAAAGAACCCGAUCAAAGUGACGAUAGGAUCGGACGAUCUUGCAGCCGGCUCUAGGAUCAAACAGAUCGUUGAGGUGAUCGAGGAUCGAGCCAGGGAACAGAAACUAGACAAACUUCUGAAGGAAUAUCACAAGAGCCGAAAGAAUCGUAUUCUUAUCUUUGUCCUCUACAAAAAGGAGGCCGCGAGGAUUGAAACUAACCUCCAGAGGGCGGGUUGGGCAUGUAAUAGUAUACACGGCGAUAAAAGUCAGGAAGCAAGGUCACAGGCGGUGGAGAACUUUAAGAGCGGGAAGAUGCCGCUGUUAGUUGCUACCGACGUAGCCGCCAGAGGGUUGGAUAUUCCUGAUGUUGAUUACGUCAUUAAUUUCUCAUUUCCACUUACAAUAGAGGAUUAUGUUCACAGGAUUGGAAGAACUGGCAGAGCCGGUAAAACAGGAACAGCGUAUACAUUCUUCCAAACAUGUGAUAAAGCUAGAGCAGGAGAACUCGUUAAGGUUUUAAAGGACUCAAACCAGACCGUUCCCAAGGAGAUGAUGAACUUCGACCUGAACAUCAAGAAGAAGGAACACAAGCUCUACGGAGCCUUUGUACCCCGAGACUAUGGGCAGCCAAUGAAGCAAGCAUCUAAGAUCACGUUUGACGAUGAUGAUUAAAAAAUUGAAUUUUUCUCAAUUAUCUAAUAAAUUUUUUCGACGGGA